AUGGAGGAAUCUUUGAAGAAGAGGGGUAAGAAGAGGGGUUCUCAGCGCCGAGCCGCUAGUACGCUGACUUAUUGGACACCACUGUACAUGCUUUACGGUCGCGGAUGUGUCGCCUCCCUCCUCACGGUGAUCGCCAAUCUGGGCGCCUCAAAGGCGUUUAUCAUCACGGGCAAAUCUCUCCGCGAGAAAACGCCAGUGAUCAGACGCAUAGAAGAGAUAUUGGGUGAAACGCAUCAUGCCGGCACGUAUAGUGGGAAUAGCCCCAUAGCAGACAUCGAAGCCGCUGUCGCUGCCGUUAAGAGCUCUGGUGCUGACGUGCUGCUCUCCGUCGGCGGCGGGUCGCCCAUCGAUGCUGCUAAAGCUGUUGCAUAUCGUUUGCACAAAGCAAGGGGUAAUCAGGGACAGGGCAGGGAGGAAGCGAAAUGGAUACCCAGCAUUGCAGUGCCGACCACACUAAGCGUGGCAGAGACCACGAAGAAUGCGGGGUUUACCAAUGCAGAUGGGAGUAAGGUGGCGGUUGCAGACGGGGAGUUAAUCCGCGCUCUCGACCAUGCCCUCGAACUCCUCUACAACCCUUCCGCCCCUGAAGUCCCAACGAAACGCCUAGCCCUCUCCGCCCUCACUGACCUCUUCACCCUCCUCCCUCAGUGCCUCACCACUCCCCAAGAUGCAGACAUCCGCCAGCGUCUUUUCCUCGGCAGCUACGCGGCCCUCUUUCCCUUCCAGUUCUCUGGCGCUCUGGGCAUUAGCCAUGCGAUUGGCCAUGCUAUUGGGUCGACCUAUGGCAUUCCACAUGGGGUCACGUCGUGUAUUAGUUUGGGGAAGGUGAUUAGGUUUAUGGCGGAAAAGGCGAGGGAGGGUGCUGGUGGUGAGGGGCGGGGAAUUGGGGAGGCCGGGGAGGCGGCGCAGAUUGCGAGGGCGGUUGCCUAUAUUCCUGGGUUGAGAGGGACUGGAGAUGUAGCGGGGGAUGCGCUUUUGGUGGCGGAGGCAGUGGAGCGGUUGGUUUUGAAGCUGGGAUUGGUGACUGGGUUGGUUGACUAUAAUAUCGGACCUGGCGAGGAGGAGGCUAUUGCAGUUCGUGCGUUACAAGAUCCGGCACAUCCUGAUUUGAAGAGUGGUAUAGCACUCGUGUAG